AUGCUUACUAUUGCUUUAUGGUCCACUUCUCGGUGGUUUCCUCUCACAAAGCUUCAAUUUCCUGCUGGUUUCUUGAAUUGGACUUCUCUGGAUUUGCAAAGACAUGCAACAUAUUCAAAACGCGAUAGAAGGAAACGCUGCCUCAAUUGGGGUAUCAAAUCGAUAAAAUGGGAUAAGCUUAGUCCAUCCGACAAAAGUGAAAGCAGAAAUGGUUCUCCUAGUAAAGAAAACAAAGCCCGAAUUAGGACAUCAAAUGCAACUUUAAUUUUGGCACCAGAUCUAAGAUAUGACGUUUGCUUCACUGUAUUGACGCAGGAAAAUAAUAACUUGAUAUUCGUGAGUACAGUUUUCUCAAUUUUUUGUUUACCUAUUCUAAAUUUAUCUGACUUUCACAGCACAUUUUUGGGCUUUUAUUCCUUUAAAGGUUUUGUAUUUAUUACAAAAGACACUUUAAUAACUUAUUGUGAUCCGACCUCAGUUUCAUUUAUAUUAUUUUUUCUGCGGUUGUUAACAUACUAA